AUGUCUCGAUCUUUCAAUGGGUGCAAACGAUGUAAAGCCCGUCGGCAGAAAUGCGAUGAGCAGCGUCCCAGUUGUGGUCGCUGCAUGACGGCUGGCACGCAAUGUCGAUAUGCGAUGCAGCUGCAGUGGGGGGGCCGAGCCUUUUCGCGCUCACGGUUUGGGGCUUGCGUGGGACCGGGAGGCAUGCAAAAACUUGAGUACUCCCCUGGCGAAUUCAUCUACACCACCAAAGCUGCGGCUGCUCUUUCUCCGGGCACAAUAGCAACAUCUCCAUCUACCCAACCCACGAAUACCACCUUAGUCCGCCAUAUUGAUCCCUUCGCCUCCCUCUCUACCGACCAGAAAUCCCUCCUCCAUCACUUCCUCAACGAUGCCUCUCAGAUCACAGCUUGCCACUCCGGCAUGCAGCGCGAUAUCUGCAAGAUGCUCGUCCCCAUGGCCCUUCAGACCCCGUCCCUCCUCUACGCAACCAUGGCCCUCUCCGCUAUCCACCUUCAAGCCCUCCACAAUCAAUCCGAGAAUGUCAAGUCCGCGCCCGAGAUCGCACGCUUCAUGGCCCUCAGCUUAGAACAUUUCAGAACAGAACUACAAAAUCCUGCGAGCAGGGGAUCGGAUGCGCUGCUCGCAACCGCCCGAACGCUCUGCCUCGCAGAGAUACACUCCGGUGCAAUCCACCCCAAUUCCUGGCGCGCACAUAUCGAAGGUGCCCGGGCUCUGAUGGAGGCGUCAGAUCAGAGCGGGGCGCUGUCGCCCAAGUCGCCAGAGGGGUUCAGGCGGUAUCUGGAUAGAUGGUAUCGGUCAAUCGUGUCGCUGACUGCGUUGACGGGGAAUGGGCCGCCCAUCGGUGAAGCUACAGAUCAGCUGGUCUCCACUGGGCCAAAUCAGUCGGCGUCGCCGGAUUACUUGGAUGAUUACUGGGGGUUUACGGUGAACUUGGCCACGAUCUUCCGAAGGAUUGGGGCCGUCGCUUGGCGGGAGCAUCAGAGUCGGGGGCAGGAAGGCGAUGAGAUUUCUGUCCAAGGGAACGAGGUCAGCGUACACAAUGAAGCUGCAGCGCUGGAGUCGUCGCUCCGUCAUCUCAUGGAACAAGAAGUGGCUUCGCAGCCCGCGUUCUACCCGGGCGUCGUGGAGGGUCUUUCUGCGGAAUGUAUCCAGCAGCUCAUGCUCUGUAACGAGGCCUUCCAGCUCAGUGCUCUCAUUCAGAUCCACCGUCGACUACGAAAGACGCCAGCGUCUGCGCCUGUGGUGCAGGAGUCCGUUAAAAGGAUCCUCGAAUGCACGGCUCAGAUCGGGCCGUCUCCGGGGCUGAGUCCGUGGGUAAUGCUGACUACCCCGCUAUUCAUCGCUGGGUGUGAGGCGCGUGGAGAAGAUCGCGAGCAAGUGCGGCGGCUACUGUCUUCGCUACACGAUACGAUUCGCGUACCAAAUGUGUUGCAGUCAUUGAAAUUCCUGGAACAGUAUUGGGCGAAUCAAAUCGAUGAAAACGAGGGAUGGAGUCAAUAUCUCGAUCGGAUGAGAUUCGAUUUCAUUCCGUACUAG